AUACCAGUCAUCGCAAAAUCACCCUGGCAGACUGGCACGCAAAAGUCCACAUGGAGAUAUGAAGCGUUGAAUUCCUCUCAAUUGAAAAAUCAAAUCGUCUACAUCGGAAAAUAGGAUCAAAUAUUUAUCCAGAGAAAAAAGUGGAUAUUUUUCUGGAAUCAUGUCAAAGAAUUUGGCAUUGCUUGUCCUCAUCUGUAUGUUGCCAGCAUGUACACUGAUGGCGUCGACCACUCCUGGUCCCCCAACUACAGGAGUUAUACAACGCACUAAAGAGGCAUACCGGUCAGCUGUGGAGAAUGUGAAGAACGUUGGCGAGGUGGUGUGGAACAUAGGUGCGAUGUACUAUGACGACCAUUUGAAGGAGCGAGUGGACUCUUACCUGACCUGGCCCUCAUUCGACUACACCUCAGUCUGGAACAGAGUCAAGGCCAGAGUGCCAUGGACAGCCUAGCUAGGUCCCGUGCCCGCUGGCCCAACGUCAGCAAAGUCAUCAGCUACUCUGGCACACAUUUUUGUUGUAUCUGUUGUUAUCCAUCAUCUUGCAUAAAAUUACUCUGUCGCCUUCACAUACUAUUGAGCUUGUGAUUUGAUGUGGCCAGUGGGACUGCAAUGGGAAUAAUAAAUAUGUUGAUUACAAGAC